UUCAGUCAUAGUUGUUUCAAUAAAUAGUAUGUAGCCUACAUAUGAACGACUACAGAUCUAAUUGCGGAUCACUGGUUUUAGAGUCACCUGAGCUAAUGGAAGCCUUAAUCAGACUGAACCGUGUCGGACGCACAGUGAGGUUCCACCUUGGACUCAUAAGACGACAGGGUCUGUGUGCUAUGUCAGGGGGUGGGGCCUCUUUGGGUCUGGACCCGCCCCCAGUCAGCAGGCUGAGUGUUCUGCAGGCUGUGGCCCACUGGGAAAGGCAGUUUCAGCGGUAUGGGGUCUCUGAGCCUGGCCCCUCCAGCCAGUACAUCAUAGCACACGUUCUGGGAGCCAAAACUAUGGCGAACCUGAAUCCAGACGCACUGACAGAGGUGCUGACAGACAAACAGACACAACGAGUCUGGGAGCUCUGUUCCAGGCGUCUUUCCAGGCACGCUGUUGAGUGA